AUGGCUUCCAUAAGAUGUGGUGGUGGUGUCUUUGUCUUUGCCAUUUUCUUCAUCUUACUUCACUUUCUUGCAUAUUCUCUUCAAGAUACUGAGAAAAGGGUGUCGGUGUCGGUGGCUGGAGACAGAUUCGAAGAAAGGACGACGACCAUGUUGUCUCGACAAGAGAAGGAUGCUUUGAAAGCGGUUCCCACGAGAGUUGAUGUGAUGAUGAAUGGCAAAAGAAUUGGUGGGAGAAAGACGAUGAAGAUGGUGAAUGAACAACGUAUAAAUGGCGAAGAAAUGGCUUCCAAGAAAACAACUUCUUCAAGUGCAAACCCUAGAAAUGGUGGUGGUAAAGUGCCCAAACCUUCUUCUUCAAGUUCAAACCCUAGAAAUGGGGAUCAUAAAAUGCCCAAAAAGAAACAGAAUAAGACAUACCACCAUGAUCAUGAUCAUGAUCAUGAUCACCAUGUAGAAGUGAGAAUGAAGUCAGCCUUCAUGGCUCUGAAUGCUGAUUACCAUGUGCCAAGAUCUCACCCACCCAGAAACAACUGAUGAGUUCAUAUACAUAUAGGAUCAGAAGGCCAUACAUUCAAGAAAAGGGAGCAAUUUUGUAGUACUACUGCUUCCUUUAGAUCUUGCUGGUUGGCUGCAUAGGUAAAAUCUAAUAGCUUAAUUGUAUGUUACUACACAUAUAUA